AUAUUUAUGAUUAAAAAAAAACAAUUCUUUAAUUUUUCGUGCAUAUGAAAGAAACUUGGUUUGUAAAUUUAGAAUUUAGAUCGAAACGUGGUUAUGUGUAUAUAGAAAGACCAACAGCAAGCAAGAAGAAGAAGAGAAAAAUGGGGGAGAUACUUACAUGGCUACUGUUCUUCUUCAUCCUCAUAGCUCUCCUUGUUGUCGUCAUUUAUCAGCUUAUGUGCUUAGCAGAUUUAGAGUUUGAUUACAUUAACCCUUACGACUCUGCAUCUCGGAUAAACUUUGUGAUAUUACCAGAAUUUAUAACGCAUGGAGUUUUAUGCUUGAUAUAUCUUUUCACCGGGCAUUGGGUGAUGUUUCUCCUUGCAUUGCCCUACCUUUGCUACAACGUGAGAUUGUACACCCGGAACCAACACCUUGUGGAUGUGACAGAGAUCUUUAACCAACUCAAUUGGGAAAAGAAGCAACGGCUUUUCAAACUCGGAUAUCUCGUGUUUCUUCUCUUCAUCACCUUAUUUUGGUUGAUCUAUAACGCCAUGGACGACGACGAGAUGUAGAGGCACUGGAGUUUGAUACAUAGGCUUAGGCUUAGAUUGUGAGGAUAAAUUAUCAAUUAUAAAAUCAUUUGUUGUUGUAUCAUUUUCUUUUUGUUGUGUUUCAUAAAAUGCAAAACAAUUGUGGUUUUUUCAAAUUAUUAUGGUAUUUAUUUCUCAUGGUUUUUUUAUAUUGCAACAUUUGAUUGUGAUUCUAUGUUAAUCUUUAUUAAUUUCA